AUGGGUGUUCGUCCGGACUACGAAGCACUGCCUACGCCUGCAACGCCAAGAUCAGGAGAGGCCCUGAUGUCACUACUCGAUAGGAUCAAAAAGGUUCCUAACGACGAAGCGAGCAGCCAGCACAAAGCGAGGCUCCAACAGAAGGUGGCAAACGCUGCUCAGACAUAUAUCGCCACAAUUGCACUACUUCGCAGUCGUAAUCAGUUCUUAGCUAGGAUCAACAAUGAGGGAAAAGCUCGCCGAGCAGCUGAUCAAAAGGUAAUAGGUACAGCAAGAGUGGUGACCUAUGAGGACCUCGAGAAGAAGCGAGCAGAACGCGCUGUGAUGGACGCAAAGGCAGCGGAGAAAAUGGCCAAAAAGGCUGCUAAAGAAGCUAGUAAUGUCGCAAGUGCGGCACCAGAGGCCCAAGGUGCUGCUACUGGCAUGAAGAAACGUGGUCGGAAACGGGAAAGUGCUGCUUCCGUGACAGAUGCGGCUGCGCCGAAGGCCAAGGCGCCCCGGCCAAGUGAAGAACAGCACGUGCCAGAAGCUGAGCAAGAUGUAACUGCUCCAGAGCCAACGGACAAAGCUGCGAGAAUGAGUGAUGGGCUGGCGCUGCCGCCAUCCACGGCGACAUUUGCGGAGGAUGGGGCUGCAAUAAAACCAUGGAGAGCCUUGGUGGCGCGAAUGUGGUGA